CGAGGCAGGCGACUCGGAGGCGGCGCCGGCUAUCAGAGCUGCGCUGGAUGUUCGGGGGCCAAGAUGGCGGCGCGCCGGGGACGUAGAGACCGAGUCGCGCCGCCUCCGAGUGGGGGCCCUGGCCCAGACCCUGGCGGUGGAGUCCGCGGCAGCAGUAGGGGAAGUCGGAGCCAAGUGCCGUAUGGGACUGUGGGCACUGUGAGCGGCGGGGAGCAGGUGCUUCUGCAUGAAGAGGUAGAUGAUUCUGGCUUUGUCAGUCUGUCUCGGCUGGGUCCCUGUCUGAAGGACAAGGACCUGGAGAUGGAGGCACUGAUGCUGCAAGAUGAGACACUGCUGGGGACCAUGCAGAGCUACAUGGAUGCCUCCCUCAUUUCCCUCAUCGAGGAUUUUGGGAGCCUUGGAGAGAGCAGGUUAUCUCUGGAGGACCAGAAUGAAGUGUCACUGCUCACAGCUCUGACAGAGAUCUUGGACAAUGCAGAUUCUGAGAACCUGUCUCCGUUUGACAGCAUUCCUGACUCGGAGCUGCUUGUAUCACCUCGGGAGGGCUCUUCUCUGCACAAGCUGCUCACCCUCUCUCGGACACCCUCAGAACGUGACCUCAUCACCCCAGUUGACCCACUGGGGCCCACCACAGGCAGUAGUAGAGUGAGUGGGGUUGAGAUGUCUCUUGCAGAUCCACCUUGGGACUUCUCCCCACCCUCCUUCUUGGAGACCUCCUCCCCUAAACUUCCUAGCUGGAGACCCACAAGAUCAAGGCCCCGUAGGAGCCAAUCCCCUUCUCCCCAGCAACGUAGUGAUGGGGAAGAAGAAGAAGAGGUGGCCAGCUUCAGCAGCCACAUACUUGCUGGGGAGCGCGACAACUCCAUGAGCAGCAUCCCAGACUUUCCCAUGCAUCUGGCCUGUCCUGAGGAGGAAGAUAAAACAGCAGCAACAGCAGCAGCAGAGAUGGCGGUGCAGGCAGCUGGUGACGAGAGCAUCUCUUCCCUGAGUGAGCUGGUGCGGGCCAUGCACCCAUAUUGCCUGCCCAACCUGACCCAUCUGACAUCACUUGAGAACGAGCUUCAGGAGCAGCCAGAUGAUUUGACACUGCCUGAUGAUUGUGUGGUGCUGGAGAUUGUGGGCCAGGCAGCCACAGCUGGCAAUGACCUGGAGAUCCCAGUUGUAGUACGGCAGAUUCCUCCUGGACCUCAGCCUGUGCUCCUGGAUGACUCACUAGAGGCCAAUCCGGCCUUGCAGCUGCUUUUGCCUACACUAGAGCCAGAGCCCAAGGAAGCCCUCUGCCUUGAGAAAGAGGAGUUGUCACUGGACCCAGAAGAAAAGCUGGAGUCAGCCUGCUUUUUGGAGCCCACGGAGGUCAUGGAGCCAACAGUGCCCAAGGGGCCUCAGAACCUACCGGCCAGUGCAGUGCUGAGUUCCCAGAGAGCUCUAAAGGGCAGAAGGAAGAAAAGCAAGGAACAGCCAGUAGCGUGUACAGAAGGCUAUGCCAGGAGGCUGAGGUCAUCCUCUCGUGAGCAACCUGCUGUGGCUACAGAGGUAACUUCUCAGGCAAGCUUCUUGCCUCAGGAGGAACUUCAAAGAAAGGUUGGGCCUCCCCGUGGUAGAGGGAAGCCCCGGGCUUGGGCUCGGGCCUGGACAGUUGCCGUGGAAAAGCCUAGCUCUGGGAACGUGGAGAGUAGUGCCGGACAAGCUAGUCCUACUAAAGAGGGUCCUCUAGACCUCUACCCCAACCUGGGUGAAACCAUGAAAACCAACCUAGUUCCAGCCCAUCUCUCAUUGGUUGACUCUGCUCGAGCCGACCCCAUGCUACUUAACUCUGCUGAAGCUGAUCCUACUGCAGUUGACCCUGUUGUAGCUGAGCAUGUACCUGUCGACCCUGCAUUGGUUGACCUUUCUUCAGCCAACUCAGAGCUGGUCGACCCUCUCUCAGCUGACCCAGUGCUGAUUGAACCAGUCCUGGCUGACUCAGCAACAAUUGACCGUACAGUGGUUGUUCCUAUCUCAGGUGACUUGUCACCAGUUGAUCCUGCCUUGGCCAACCCAGCACCAGUUGCCCCUGUUCCUGAUGACCUGGCUCCAGUUAAUCCCGUGCUGGUUAAGUCUAGACCAACUGAUCCCAGACGUGGUGCAAUGUCAUCAGCCCAGGGGAGUCCAGCCCCUCAGCUCCUUCUGAAGUCAGAAUCCUUGGAUUCUCCAAAGGCCAUCAUCCCUAAAGUUAGAGAGGUCAUGGGUCCUCUGAAGGUGGAAAGUGGUACCAGUGCCACAACCCAGGAAGCCAGACCUCGGCCUCUUAGCUUGUCGGAGUACUGGCGACGAAGGCAGCAGCGCCAAGGGGAGGCAGAAGAAAGGAGUUCCCAGCCUCCAGCCGGGAAGUGGCCCAGCCUCCCAGAGACUCCCACAGGGCUGGCAGAUAUCCCUUGUCUUGUAAUCCCACCAGCCCCAGUUAAGAAGACAACUCUGCAGAGAAGCCCUGAGGCUCCUGAGGCUUGCUUUGUGCCUGUGGGUCCCAGCCCUGCUUCUCCUAGUUCUGAUCCACCUGCAAGCAAACCUAUCACCUCAACUCCCACUGAGCAGGUGCCAUCCCAAGAGAUGCCAUUGCCGGCAAGACCUCCAGCUCCUACUGUGCAGUCUGUGCCCCCCAUAAUACCCACUGCUCUGCCUUUUCCACCAGGUGGGCUGGGCAUGACUCCUAUGCUGCCCCUUCCUGCAACUGGGCAAGGGGUUCCUAGUCUGCCCCCACCACCCUUACAGCCUCCUAGUCUUCCUAUGUCUGUGGGGCCAGUACCACCUGAUCCUUAUACUCAUUAUGCCCCCAUGCCACCCUGGCCUUGUUAUCCCCCUGUGUCGCCUUCUGGCUAUCCUUGCCCACCUCCACCACCAACAGUGCCCCUAGUGUCUGCUACUGCUGGCGCCUAUGCUGUUCCCCCCACUUGUAAUGUGCCUUGGGUACCCUCUCCCACCCCAGUCCCACCAUACAGCUCUAAUUGUACUUAUGGGCCCCUAGGAUGGGGCCCAGGGCUGCAACACCCUCCAUUCUGGCCUGCUGUGCCCCCACCUCCUUUGCCUCCAGCCUCUGUUGGGAGAGCUGUUCCCCCACCCAAGGUGGAGCCCAGUGGCAUUCCAGCUGGCCCUCCUGAAAGUGUACUUCCUGUGCCAAUGGCUCCUCCCCUCAGUCUUGGGUCAGCUGGUGAGAGAGCUUCACAGAUAGAGCCCACCAAGAUAGAGAUUAAGCCAGUGCCUGCAUCUCCCCAUUUGAAGCACAAGGUGUCCUCCCCAGUACAAAGCCCCCAGAAUAAGUCUUCACCAUGUCUGUAUGCUGAGAGUGUGGCUCUUGAGGAGCCUGCAUCAGAGAGGCUAAACCUUGAGACCCAGGAGUCCAGGUCCAAGGAGAAGCCCUCCUCUCUUGUUGCCAAGGCUGUUCCUACACCCAUACCGAGGCAGAGCACUGUCACCAAGUUGCCUGCUGUCCACCCAGCCCGUCUAAGGAAACUGUCCUUCCUGCCUACCCCACCUACCCAGGGUCCUGAGGAUGUGGUACAGGCUUUCAUCAGUGAGAUUGGAAUCGAGGCAUCGGAUCUGUCCAGUCUGCUGGAGCAGUUUGAGAAAUCAGAAGCCAAAAAGGAGUGCCCUCCCCUGGCUCCUGCUGACAACUUGGCUGUAGGAAACUCAGGCAGCGUUGACCCUCCCCAGGAGAAGAGGCCCCUAGACCGGUUACAAGCCCCAGAACUGGCCAACGUGGCAGGGCUCACCCCUCCAGCAACCCCUCCCCACCAGUUAUGGAAGCCCUUGGCUGCUGUUUCACUGCUGGCCAAAGCCAAAUCUCCUAAGUCCAUCGCCCAGGAGGGAUCCCUGAAGCCUGAAGGAGUUACAGAGGCCAAACAUCCAGCUGCAGCCCACCUCCAAGAAGGGGUCCAUGGCCCUAGUCCAGUCCAUGUGGGCUCUGGGGACCAUGACUAUUGUGUCCGGAGCAGGACUCCCCCCAAAAAGACGCCUGUCCUAGUUUUCCCAGAGGCGGGCUCGCGAUGGAAUGUCAAACGCCAUCAAGAUAUCACAAUCAAACCGGUCUUGUCCCUGGGCCCAGCUGACCCACUGCCUCCACGCAUAGCUGCCUCUCAGGAGCCACUUGAUCACAGGACUAGCAAUGAGCAGGCAGAUCCCCCAGCCCCUUGCCUUGCCCCAUCUGCCUUGCUGUCCCCUGAGGCCUCACCCUGCCGGAAUGACAUGAACACUAGGACUCCCCCUGAGCCCUCAGCCAAGCAGCGGUCAAUGCGCUGUUAUCGAAAAGCCUGCAGGUCAGCCAGCCCCCAAAGCCGGGGCUGGCAGGGCCGCCGUGGCCGCAGCAGUUCUGUCAGUUCUGGGUCCAACCGGACCAGUGAAGCAUCUUCCUCAUCAUCGUCGUCUUCAUCCCGAUCCCGGUCCAGGUCCCUCUCCCCGCCACACAAGAGGUGGCGAAGGUCCAGUUGCAGUUCCUCUGGACAUUCCCGAAGAUGCUCUUCCUCUUCAUCUUCUUCCUCAUCCUCCUCUUCAUCUUGUUCCCGAAGCCGGUCCCGCUCCCCAUCCCCCCGCCGGAGAAGUGACAGGAGGCGGCGGUACAGCUCUUAUCGUUCGCACGACCAUUACCAAAGGCAAAGAGUGCUGCAGAAGGAGCGUGCAAUAGAAGAGAGAAGAGUAGUCUUCAUUGGGAAGAUACCUGGCCGCAUGACUCGGUCAGAACUGAAGCAGAGGUUCUCUGUUUUUGGAGAGAUUGAGGAGUGUACCAUCCAUUUCCGUGUCCAAGGUGAUAACUACGGCUUCGUCACUUACCGUUAUGCUGAGGAGGCAUUUGCAGCCAUCGAGAGUGGCCACAAGCUGAGGCAGGCAGAUGAGCAGCCUUUUGAUCUCUGCUUUGGUGGUCGCAGGCAGUUCUGCAAGAGAAGCUAUUCUGAUCUUGACUCCAACCGGGAAGACUUUGACCCUGCUCCUGUAAAGAGCAAAUUUGAUUCUCUUGACUUUGACACAUUGUUGAAACAGGCCCAGAAGAACCUCAGGAGGUAACCCUGGGCCCUUUUCCCCUCCCCCUUUUCUUUGGAGGUGUCCAAACAUCUCCAUCCCCCUCCCCAACUCUAGGGGAGAGAGCUGCUAGUGAGGAGAUGACUUUUAUAAAGAAAUGGAAAAAAGUGAAAUAAAAAAUUGUGUUAAAUCAGAUUUUUUAAAGGGUAUUUGUUUUUUAUAACAGGCAUCGAAACAAGUUAACUUGCAUUCUAUGUAAGGUGGAUGAGGUUGAGGGGUUCCCCAGUGUUUGGAAGAUAUAAGUCACUAUGCAGACUAAUAAACAUGAACUAGAGAACUCCCAA